CAACCAAAUCCAGAAACCGCAAACAAUUGUCCAUCCCAUGUUUCUAUUUUCUUACCUUUACCGUAAGACCUAGCUAACAGUAACGUUAGCUAGUUAGCGUUCUAUAUUUGUUUAGCUUUUCAUAUUACAUGUUCAUUUUAUUUUGAUCGACUAUGGGGAGGGAUUAUUAUGCAGCAUUGGAGAUAAAUAGAAAUGCAACAGAUGCAGACAUAAAAAAAUCAUACCGACGACUUGCCUUGAAGUACCAUCCUCACACAAACAGCAAACCGGGUGCCUAUGAAAAAUUCAAUCAACUUGCCGAGGCCUAUGAUGUUUUGAGUGACCCUCGAAAAAAGGCAACCUAUGACAAGUUUGGAGAAGAGGGUCUGAAAGGAGGUAUCCCACUUCAGUCUGGGGAGACUGGAGCUUGGACAUCAGGAUACAUCUACCAUGGAAACCCAGACAAGAUAUUCAGGCAGUUUUUUGGAGGUGACAACCCAUUCGCAGACUUCCACAUGAAAGAUGGGAAUGAAGUGGCCAUUGGGUUUGGAGGCCUGCGAGGAAGAGGAGUGAAAACACAAGACUCCCCCAUUGAAAGGGACCUUCACUUGGCCUUGGAAGACCUCUUCUAUGGAUGUACCAAAAAGAUCAAAAUAUCCCGUAGGGUCAUGAAUGAAGAUGGACACACAUCCAGUAUCAAGGACAAAAUAUUGACUAUCAUUGUAAAACCGGGAUGGAAUGAAGACACUAGGAUAACAUUCCCAAAGGAGGGUGAUCAGGGACCCAACAGUAUUCCUGCAGAUAUUGUGUUCAUUGUGCAGCAGAAGAGUCAUCCCCAGUUUGCAAGGCAACACAAUGACCUGGUCUUUACAGCCCAGAUCUCUCUGGAGAAGGCUUUGACUGGAUUCGCUGUUGAAGUGAAGACACUAGAUGACAGGAUACUCAAUAUCCCCAUCAAUGACAUUGUGCAUCCAAAAUACUGCAAAGUGGUGUCUGGAGAAGGCAUGCCUCUGUCCCAGGAUCCCUCCCAGAGAGGGGAUCUCAUCAUCCAGUUCGACAUUCUCUUCCCUCAAAAGCUCUCGGCUGAGAAGAAACACCUGAUCAACCAAGCCCUAGCUUUCUGAAUAAACAGCCAUUAAAUAAAUCCUGAUUGGAAAUCUC